AUGGAAGACGGAGCAUUUCUGGCUCGAUGCCUUAGAGCUGCGAUAGAAAGGCGCCUUAGCAUCGCUGAAGCCAUUCAAGUCUACGAGAUCGGUCGAAUGCCCAAAGCGAGCUACAAACAGCAGAUAAGCUACUUGAAUGGAUGGCUCUGGCAUCUGCCCGACGGCGCAGCUUCAGAAGCCAGAGAUAGAACAAUGAGAGCCGAGUUGGAAGGACACCAGCCCAUCAAAAGCGCGAACCUGUAUGGCGAUCCAACUACCGUUCUUGAAUGCUACGGCUACGAUGCUGAGGCCCAUGCCGACCAGGAGAUUGCUACCUUUGCGAACGCACGAAAGCCAGCCAGGGACGGAGCGACGACAAUCGUCCAAAGUGAGGCUGACAGGAUCGCAAAUUGGUUCCUGCCCAGAGAGCAUCAGUUCAAGAUCAAGCCAAGGAUGUAA